GCGUCCCCGCCCCAUGGCUCCUUCCCUCCUCCUCCUCCCUACUGAGCCGAUCCACUGUGGAAAGCUGGUGUCACCGUCACCUGGACUUCAGCCUAGGAGCUCUCGCCAUGAGGCUUGCGGCAGCCAGAGAGCCUUGAGGGGGGGCACUGCCAUGGAGGAGGAGAAUGCCAACGGGCCGGAGCCGGCCAGCGAGCGCCCACCGGCGCAGCCCUUCAAGUUCGAUCUAAAACGCCAUGCCAUCACGGACGACUACAAGGUAUCCAAGCAGGUGCUGGGCCUGGGCAUCAACGGCAAAGUGCUGGAGUGUUACCGCAGGGACAGCGGGCAGAAGAGCGCUCUGAAGAUUCUGCACGACAGUCCCAAGGCUCGGCGGGAAGUGGAAUAUCACAUCAGAGCGUCAGGAGGACCUCAUAUUGUGGGUGUCCAGGACGUGUAUGAGAACAUCCAUCGUGGGAAGAGAUGCCUGCUCAUCGUAAUGGAGUGCAUGCAGGGAGGGGAGCUCUUUACUCGCAUCCAGAAGAGAGGUGACCAGGCAUUUACAGAAAGAGAGGCGUCGGAAAUCAUGCGUGACAUCGGAUUGGCCAUACAACACCUCCACGGGCUGGACAUCGCUCACCGAGACGUUAAGCCCGAGAAUCUCCUCUACACCUCCAAGGAUAGCAACGCCGAGCUGAAGAUCACAGAUUUCGGCUUCUCCAAGGAGACCACCAUACAGAACGCACUGCAGACGCCCUGCUACACGCCGUACUAUGUGGCUCCAGAGGUUCUGGGCCCGGAGAAGUAUGACAAGUCAUGUGACAUGUGGUCACUGGGGGUCAUUAUGUAUAUCCUACUGUGCGGAUACCCCCCCUUCUACUCCAACACCGGCCAGGCCAUCUCCCCUGGAAUGAAGAAGAGGAUCAGGAUGGGGCAGUACGAGUUUCCAGUACCGGAAUGGAAGGACGUAUCGGAGGAAGCUAAGCAGAUGAUUCGCCAUCUCCUGCGGACGGACCCGACGGAGCGGAUGACCAUCACGCAGUUCAUGAACCAUGCGUGGAUCAACCAAUCUAUGGCCGUCCCGCAGACCCCCCUACACACCGCCCGGGUGCUGCAAGAAGAUAAGGAGCACUGGGAUGAAGUGAAGGUGAGAGGACAAUGUCUCCCCCCCAUUGCUCAAUCUAUGGCCGUCCCGCAGACCCCCCUACACACCGCCCGGGUGCUGCAAGAAGAUAAGGAGCACUGGGAUGAAGUGAAGCUCAACAAGCGGCGCAAGAAACAGACGGAUGGCUCCGCCCCUACCGUGGGCUGCAACAACCAAUGA